AUGGUAUGUGAUGCAACGGAUUCGGUCCGCGACCAGAUGAUGCGGCAUGAACCUGGAUUCAAAACAUUUUUCAGUGCGUAUCUGAAUGAAAUUGCCAACUUUGAUCUCCAGAACGCCUUCUUGGAGGAGGAAAAGCAAAGCCAACUGUUCCGCAUGUUUGCCCACGUAAGCUUGACCCGCGACCCUCGUGCGGUAAGGGAUAUGGUGCCUGAGAAGGUAUGGGCAAAUCAGCCGCCCGACCCUGAGAUUGUGAAGUGGGAGGAGGAGCGUGCGGUGCUCAAGCAGGGACGGUAUCGAGUUGCUGGUAGUGAGCAUGAAGACAGGAUCCGAGUACUCACAGACGACAUCAGAAAUAAGAGGACACAGAACGAAAGGAGGGUCGUGAAGGAAUAUCGCGAAUACUAUUUCUACAAUCGUCCCACCUGGGACAUUGAGGCCCAAGCCCGCGGGGAGAUGGAAGAGGAAUAUGAGCAGCCCGCAAUAGACCUCACUAUACCGGAACGGGCAAGACUAGCCGAAAUUCUUUGCUUGCAGCCUGAUGGCUGGACAGAGGAGGACCUAUUUCAACGCCGAGUUGAAGCCAUCGACUUGAUGGUAGCUUUAUGCGAUAAGAAGGAGACUGGCAGAACUAGCCGCACGCAACGUCCAGCCACGGUGGAGGCUUUCAUCAAGCAAGAGUCACCUGGAAGCGAUACCUUAUCUGAGCCGGAUCUUGUGCUGGAUCCUUUCCCACUUCUCAUGGGGCCAACGCAGUGCCCAGACUGCAUUGGCGAUGAGCAGAUGCCGGAUGAGGCGCGAAGAUUUAAGUAUUGCCGUCUGCCUGUGCUCAACGACCAUUUUGACGACACGCACCUGGCCCGCCGAGAGGCCGCCGCGCGACGUGGUGAAACCAUUUGGUGUGGCCACCCGAAAUGCAGACAAGAGAAGUUUGAUCACGUGGACCAUUUUCGAGUUCAUGUUGAGGAAAUCCAUGGAGUGAGCCUCAGAGAUUCGGCCCAAGUCGCAAAAAGGAGACAGCGGCAAGCGGAACGGCUUGAAAAGAAACGCAAAGGACGACAGCAGAAGAAAGCCGCAAUGAGGGCCGUUGCUAAGUCGUGA